AUGGACACGGACUUUAUGCAAGACAGCCUCAACCUCCACGACCUUCUCUCGGCCACAGCUCAAUAUGGCAACGCCACCAGCCCGUCGAAGAAGAAAAAGAAGUCGGAUACGAAAGAUGCCGUCGUCCCGAUCAUGAACACCAACCUUUCGGCGACGGCUUUUGGCGGGCCAUCUACGUCCAUGUAUUUUGCUGGUGACGAGCAGAAAUUCAACCCGAUGCUGAUGAGUCCCGCAUCCGCUCUGCACUACAUGCCACGGCCGGCGCCUAGAUUGGAGAUCGACUACCACCCGUCUUACAGCGAAACCUUCGGAAAAGCCGUCAAAACGAUCCCCAUCAAGCCGACCGUUUCCCUAAACCGUGCCCCCGCCAAUGGCUUCGACUUGAACACGUUCGGGCAGAAUAAACCGGACCGGAAGCGGAAGUACGAUGACAACGAAUUAUGGCCGGCCGAGGAUGGGGGAGUCUGGCUGAGCCAAAUCAACACGUGGGAGGACUUCAAGCAGUUGGUGCCGGAUGAGUGGAGCUGUGUGAAAUUGCUGUUCCGAGAGCAGAUGCUCAGGAGCGAUCCGCUGUGCCCGAAGUGUGGAAGGAUCAUGAAAUUGCGAGCGAGGGGAGCUGCUUUCGAGUGGCGAUGCCGUCGACCUGGCGGUGGUGACUGCGCCUCCCGCUCCAUCAAACGAGACUCCUUCUUCGAAGAUGCUCGGGCGGGUAUCCGCAAGAAGUUCGCCCAUCUGUUGAUGUGGAUUCAUACCCAAAAACCAUCAGCCAUCUCGAAGGAGAUCGAGUUGUCGCUCAAAUGUCUGCACGAGCAGAGGGCCGAGUUCAGAUCGGUUUGUACGAGAAUUACUUACGGAUAUCCGCGACUUGGCGGCAAUGGCGCACUUGUUGAGGUCGGGACGAUAGAUGUUCAGCAUAGGGAUCUUUCGCCUCAUGGAACGAGCAAUCAGACGUUGACUAUCGUUGCAGGCUGCGACUUGAACUCCAACAAGUCAUUUGGAAAAGUGGUGACCAACUCGAGCGAUUUGCUGAAGGCACUUUCCGAUAAUAUCGAGCCGGACUCCAUCAUUCGCACCAACAUCUUCAACGAGCCGCAAUACGAAGUCGGCAAAAGUCUGUUCUCCAAGUACAUCCCGGUGAACGAGCAAGAGUUGAGGAUCCGCUUCACGGACGGCGGCAAAAGCGCCAUCCAGCAAUUCCGCGAAAAGCUCGGCCAACCCUCCGACGACACCACUACGGCACAUGACGUCGAGGAAUGGCUAUCGGAAUUUGUGCCAGGCGUCGAGCUCUUUCCGUUCUCCGGUGCUUCGGAAGAUUUGAGCCAACCUUGUACCAGCGGUGACCUCACCGAACACUUCACCGGCAAGACGCUACAAGAGUUGAUGGCCCUCUACCUUGAAGGCCUCACCGGCAAAAAGGCUUGUACCGCCGAACCCGCGCCUCCAGUCGAACACCCGCCACGGCGAUCCUACGACGUAGGCUUCAAGCUCGAAGUGGCCGCCUUCGCCAAGGCGAACAGCAUCCACUCAGCGUCGAGGAAGUACGACGUCGCCAGGAAGAACAUACAAACGUGGAUCCGGCAGCGCGAGGUGUUGCAGUAUGAAUUUGAAGAAGAUGACCAAGCCAAACGAAAGCGACUCCUCGGUGCCGGUCGCCGAGUACGCGACGACAAGCUGGAGAACGACCUGGUGACGUGGAUCUGCGAACGGCGCGCUUCUGGCCAGGCUGUCAGCCGCUCCUUGCUCCAGAAGCAGGCCAUAAAAAUGUCCAGUGAUCCCAGUUUUAAGGCCAGCAACGGUUGGCUCGAAUCGUUCCUGAAGCGCAAUAAGAUGGUGCAGCUGUCUGAGGGAAUUUUUCUUAUA